GCCGCAGAAGCCAGUCAAAUUCAAGUGUUCAAGUAAAGCAGCCGCAAUAUAAGUCGCAGAUUCCGCAGCAGCAUCAGCAGUUACAGCAGUUGUAUCCAGUGGUGUUAAGUGAAUUCCUUAUCGGGUCAGGUGUAAACUAGUGCGAAAAUGUCGCAAUCCGAUAACGUGGCACGUGAGCAAACUGCGGUAAGCGCAGUGCCGGAGGCAUGUCAAGGCUGCCGCGGCCAGUUGCCACGUGCCACGCCCGUGGAAGUGGAGGACAUGGCCACCCCGUCGCUGGAGAGACUCAUUCGCAAGGCCAACAUGGCCCAGAAAAUGCUGAACGAUGUGAUGAAGCAGAUCCAGCAGCAGCAGCAACAGGAAUCUCAGCUCUCCACCAAGGAGAGCAGGUCCAAGCACCACAGCUCCGAUGGAGGUAAACGACGACACAGGGGACGCAAACAUGGUCAUCACACUAGCUCCUCUUCCAGUUCCAGUUCCGGCCACAGUGACUGCGAGCUGAUCCUGGCGGAGCAGGAGGAGCACAUGCCCAGGAGCAGGAGACACAUUCGUGAUGAUCGCAAGCGGGAUCGCUCCAGGUCUCGCGGUCGUUCCCGUGGUCACUCGCGUGGCCGUUCUCAUGGGCGUUCUCGUUCCAGGUCCUACACCGAUUCCCGACGAUCCCGAGCAUUGCCCCUGGCUCUGCCCGUUCGGAUUUCCGUGUGAGUAUCUGGCUGCAUUCAGUAUUAUCCACUAUCCAUUACUCAUUUUAAAAGUUAAGUGUGCACAAAAAAAAACCAAAAAAAAAAAAGAAUUAUAAAUAAAUAAAAUAUAUAUUAUGCUUAAAGAAAAAAUUAAAAUGUAUUUUAAUUAAAUUUAAAUUGGAGGGGGGCUUCUAUAUACUUGGUCCACGUAUUCAAGAUCAUAAGUUACGUUCGUUGAUGAAAUGCUGAUAUAGUCAUUUGCUAUUUUUACUUACUUGUGAAAUAUUUAAAUCACAGAUAAUAAACAAGUUGUUAUUUUUAAAUAUUUCUUAUAUUUUUUAAAUGCCGUUUGUUUUUACAUUAAUAGUUUUUAUUUUGUAGUUGUUGUGCUAAUUAUAUGUUAAACAUAAAAAAUGGUUUCUCCCUCUCUUCUAUAAUUACUCGGUUUUGUUCUCGUUUUGAUUGUGAUCUAUUGAGUUAAUUUCUUCUUUUUUGAUUUGUAGACUUUGCUGUGAGGUUGCUCCUUGCAGUCGCAACUUGCUGUUUGUUCUUAAUAAAUUCGUAAAAUUCGAUGUUAAAUGUAAUAAACCAUUUCAUUGCUUCGUACAAAUAAAUGCAUAUAAAAACCGACUAAAAUCGCGUUAAUCGCUAUAUAAACAAAGAGUGCUGUUGGCUCGUAAAUUUUCGUUUUUCUUUCUUUUUUUUAUUUCUUGGUUGCUUGAUUGUUAAAUGAGACACAAAAGAA